AUGUUUGCAGUUCGCCGCCCAGCACUACCGGAACAGCAGAGCACCCCCAUAAAAGAGACGGUUUUUCCAGAGCCAGCGGACCUGCUUCUCGAUUUAGGCCCCGCCACUGCACAAGAGCAGCCUUGGAUAAAUGGUAAUGGAUACAUGAAGGAUCUGGAAUCACUCAUUCCAGUACACGGUACGUUUCUUCGUGAAGCUGCCUCUGACACCCGGAAUCACCCAAUCUCACUCUCACUCGACACAGAUCAAGUUUUACCAAAGUUUUCCGCGAACAUUUUCCACUCUGGAGAACAGAAGAAGUUCGACCACGAAAGUGAUCUUAUCACUCUAGAAACUGUUGCUCCAUGCCCCCCAAUCCCGAUCAGUUCUCUAGGCCCUAUCGAAAACACAAUACAAAAAAACUUUAGGAACCCAGGAAAGCUCCGGGAGGAAGCCGGAGACUCUGAUCCAAGUGACACUGGAGAAUCAGAGUCCACGCUUGAACUGAUUCCGGAGCCUAAGGGAUCGGGUAAGCGUAUGUCUAAACACCGUCUCCAACGUCAAGGUGAUUUUUUAAAGUGGUGAGCAUCCCCUUCGAGAAAGUGGCUAGGACCCGACUCUAACCGCACCGAUAGGGCGGAUGAAAAGUCCAAAGAAAUAAAUCUUCAAUACACGCUGGAACAAAAGGAGAUCGUUGAGGAGGAAAUGAGCUUAAAAACGAUGGCAUUGAAGGGCCAGAAGAUCAUUAGCGACCCACGAGAGUAUCAACUAGAGCUAUUCGAGAUUGCAAAGACCAGGAACACAAUCGCCGUUCUCGGCACUGGUGGGUUCCUAAGACCUGGUUUACAAUACUUGAUUGACAUUUUUAAUGGAUAACAGGUUCUGGAAAAACGCUUAUUGCUUGCCUACUGAUUCGUCAUAUCAUUGAGAAGGAAUUGGAAUCACGGGCGGCUGGCAAUCACCCCCGUGUCAGCUUUUUCCUAGUUCACAGUGUUACUUUAGUCUUUCAACAAGCCGCAGUGUUACGCUGUAAUAUCGACGCCAGAAUAGGUGAAUACUGCGGUGAUAUGGGAGCCGGUGAUUGGAAGAAAGAAACUUGGGAUGAUGUCCUUGAGAAACAACAGGUACCGCUGCUAUACAUUUUGUCUGGGUGUGUCACUCGCUAAUGCUCGCUCGGUCACUUUCCUUAGGUGAUCGUAAUGACAGCGGAUAUCCUCUAUAGUUGUCUUGUGCAUGCCUUCAUCAAAAUGCAAGACAUCAAUCUUUUAUGUUUUGACGAAGCUCACCACGCGAAAAAGCGACAUUCAUUUGCCCGAAUUAUCAAAGAUUUCUACCUCCCCGAGCCAGAAAACACCAGACCUAAAAUUUUCGGCAUGACAGCUUCCCCUGUUGGUUCCCGUGCAGACGUAGUACAUGCAGCAGCGUUUGUAUCCCAACCCAAAGUAAAAUGAUAUAAUUGUAUUGGCUAAACCUGCAAACUGAUAGGGACCUGGAGAAACUUUUGCACAGCCAGAUUGCUACUACUAGUGAUUUAUCAUUGCUUCAAGGCUCCAUCAGUCGCCCAGAGGAAGCAGUCACGACCUAUCCAACACUAAGGCCCAAGUUUAAAACAGACCUUUGUCAAAAACUUCAUAAAGAGUAUGGACAUUUGGAUUGCUUCUCCAAGAUCUUCGCAUUCGCCGAGCUAGCAGCUUCGGAGCUUGGACCAUGGUGCGCAGAUGUCGCGUGGAAUUUUGCACUUAGCGAAUCGCAAACACGAAAGCUCGAACGUAGGGCGGAGAAGAACUUGGAGGAACAACCAGAUGUCGAGAGGAUUAAGAGGAUUGAAAAGGAUAUCUCAUAUCUGCAGGAGGCAGCAGAUAUGGUACGCAAGUACAAGAUUCCGCCACCGUCUGCUGAUGCAAAACACCUCAGCGCGAAAGUCUUGCUACUUCACGCUUAUUUGAAAGAAAUCUAUAGUGUGGAGGCUCAAGAUAAAUGCAUUAUCUUUGUCUCCCGCAGAUACACCGCUACUAUUUUGGGUGAAUUGUUCAAGAAACUCGAAAUCGAGCAUUUGAAAAUUGGGAUACUUGUUGGCUCCGUUUCUCGCCCUGGAGCUGGAGAGGCGAAUUUGAGCUUCCGGGAGCAGAUGGCAACAGUGAGUAAGUUUCGUCAAGGCAAACUGAAUUGCUUAAUAGCCACAUCGGUUGCAGAAGAAGGUCUAGAUAUCCCCGAUUGUAGUCUAGUCAUUAGGUUUGUUAUUGGCAUAUUCCUAGUACCGUUUGGGACUCGAUUGCUCAUUGAAAUAGAUUCGACUUAUACCACACUAUGAUCCAAUAUGUCCAGUCUAGAGGGCGCGCCCGAAGUUCCGUUUCCAAGGUAUAAUAUAUCUCAAUGUGGAUGUCUUGUGGCUUAGCUAAAUGAGUACAGUACAUUCAUAUGCUCGAGAGUGGAAACCGCAGCCAUCUGGAAAUGCUGAACGAUGUUCGGAAUUCGGAGGUAGAUAUAUCCAGCCAAUCCAGAAAUCAUAGGCCAUUCUAAUGGGCGCUCUAGAAAAUCAUGCGAGACUUUUGUUGCAGUCUCCCCGGUGACCGGAUCUUGGAUCUUACCGGUCCAGAGGAAGCAUCUGUGUGGGGAAGUCUCGGGGAAUCGUAUCAUAUCGAGCCAGGCACUGGCGCAAAAUUAACAAUGACUUCUUCAAUGACGAUCCUAAUCUGUUAUACUCAGCGAUUGGUUUGUGUCCUUUGCCAAUCUAAUUUGUGCUCAUCUACCCUUGCUAACUAACUACCAGGCACAAGAGGAUAACGAGGCUCUACGACCGCUUUUCACCGUUAGAUAUGUUCCUGAGGGCUUCGUCAGCGAGGUUACACUCCCAACUUUGUCCCCAGUACAGCACAUCGAGGGCGCCCCCAUGCCCACCAAAAUGGCUGCUAAGCAAUCAGCGUCCUUCAUGGCCUGCCUAGAGCUACGAAGGAAAGGUGAAUUAGAUGAGAACCUCAUGCCUAAAUCCCGGUCCAAAAAGCGCCCCAAGAUGGCCAACGCCCACCUAGCAUUGGACAUCCAUAACUCGAAUAUCUACCCAAGAAGGACCAAACCAGACUUCUGGAAAAUUGAUACGCCACUCCUCGAGCUUUGGUUCAAUAUACUUUUGCUAUCUAAUCCUGCUAGCAUAGCCUCUGAAAUCCAGCCGAUCUGUUUGAUCACCCGGAAGAAGCUACCUACAAUUCCCGCUUUUCCCGUUUACUCGGACAAGGGAGCAGAGUCGGAGCUUACCGUAUUACAGCUUUCGAAGAGCCUACGAGCAUCCCCCGACACACUAACCAAACUUUGCCAGUUCACCCAUCGCCUAUUCCUAGAUCUCUUCAAUAAAACCUUCGAGCUUACUCUCGAUACAGUGCCUUACUGGAUCGCUCCUAUUAAGUGUUCAAACUUCACCGAAGAGAGUCUUCCCGAGAGUACACUCGAUUGGAACCUUCUUGAAGAGGUAUCUUCAAACGCUAGUAUCCUUUGGGACGAUAGUUACCCCGUUGAGAACCUAAUCGGCCGCUUCCUAAUUGACCGGAGGAUGAAGUCCCGGAGGUUUAUAGUACUUGACCACAAUCCGACCCUUAAGUCAACGGAUCCCUACCCCCCCAGUUACGAGUGUCCUCCUGGCAUAAUUGAUAUACAGGACUAUAGUUACAAUGCUGCCCAAAAACGGAAGUGGCUAGGGGUGAAGUGGAAGGUUCCAGAAUCCGAGCCUGUUUUUGUCGCUGAACAUCACUUUCAUCGCAUCAACUAUCUAAGCGCCCCUGAUAGCAAAUGGGUGACUACAGAUAAGCGAGCACUAAUAUCUCCUUCGGCUUUUUCGAUAUCUACCGUAUAUUCCCAUCCCCCUUAAUUAGCAUAAAGACGCGCAACGACUAAUAGCAAGAUAGAUCCCGAGCCAAGUCAUCCACAUGGCUAUGAUAUUCCCCUCUUUCAUCACUCGAAUUGAUAGUUAUCUCCACGCAUGGGAGCUUUCCGGUCUUUUAGGGAUGGAGAUAGAUGUAGGGACAGCUCUGGAAGCGAUCACAAAGGAUUCCGAAAAUACGCACGAGCACGGUUCAGCCCAGGUAUCGCUUCAAAUGGGGAUGGGAAACAAUUACGAGCGGUUAGAGUUUCUGGGGGAUUGCUUUCUAAAACUGGUAAGGUCCCCCCACAUUCCAAAUCGAGAACCCCGUUAAAUUUCUUAAACCUAGGCAACUUCUUUGAGCCUUUAUAUAGAGCACCAUGCAGAUGAUGAAUUCGAGCUUCACGUGAAACGAAUGCUUCUCGUGUGUAACAAAUAUCUCUUCUCUAAAGCCAUAGAGCUGAAGAUCCCGGAAUAUAUUCAAACUGAAGGGUUUUCACGCCGUACUUGGUAUCCCGAAAUGAAGCUACUCAUAGGAAAGGGCACCACCCAACACAAUGCCUCUAAGGGUGCGAUUUCCCACCGCUUGGCCGAUAAGUCGAUUUGUAUUCCUUCCCUUCUAACUCAUCCCCGGGCCACAGGCUAAUGAAUGAAAUUAUCCAUAGCGGAUGUAUGUGAGGCAUUGAUAGGAGCAGCUUUAACCGAUAAAGGGCUAGAUGGGGCUACCCAGAUGGUAACCGCAAUUCUGAGAACCCCAGAGCACACCCAGAAAGUGUGGGCCGAUUACCAUACUUGCUACACGAAACCUGCAUAUCAGCUUCUCGAGGCCUCUCCAGCUCAGAUAAAGUUCGCUGAGGAUAUCGAAGAGUUAGUCAAGUACAAAUUCAAGUACCCACGUCUUCUGAUAUCGGCUUUUACACAUCCCUCUCUUCCAUUCAGUUGGGAGAGGAUUCCAAGCUAUCAGAGGCUAGAAUUUUUAGGUAAGCCGUAUGCCCAAGCAAAUAAAGGAGUUUGUUCUAAUAGAUCUUAGGUGACGCAGUGCUAGAUCUCGUCUGUGUGCGUUACAUUUUCCAGAAAUAUCCCCAUGCGGAUCCUCAAUGGUUGACAGAGCAUAAGGUCCGUAUCACAGCAGGGCAGCCCCUUGCAGUCAAUAGCACUAACAAGAAAUAUAGAUGGCAAUGGUGUCAAAUAGAUUCCUUGCAAUGAUUUCCGUGGAGAUGGGAUUUCACCGGAAAUUGAGAAGGGUGGGAGCCGCCCUGGACCACGCGAUCCGAGAUUACGAGGUCGACAUUCAAGAAGCAAAGGCCAACUCGAAUGGUGCUGUGGACUUUUGGACUUGCCUCAAAAACCCUCCAAGUAAGCUUGACAUGUUUCAACAAACCCCAGGCUAUCAUACUAACUGACCCUAUAGAAGCCUUGUCGGACGUUCUGGAAGCCUUUCUAGGAGCUGUUUUUGUGGAUUCCGGAUUUCAAUACAGUAUUAUCGAGCGCUUGAUCAAUACCUUUAUUCUUCCGUACUUUGUCGAUAUGACAGUAUUUGACAGUAAGACAUACACCUCAUCCCUAGCCCCUUAAAAAGAGCUAACAAAAACCAGAUUUUGCCGGUCAACACCCAACCACUUACAUCGCUAGGCGAAUGACAGACCUCCAUUGCGAAUCCUGGGGAUUUGAGAGUCAGCAGUGCACGACAGAAGAUAUGACCUAUAUCCUCACUGCUAUCGUAGUGCACCGUGAAAUUUUCUCCUACGGGUCAGGGGCGAGUGUUAAAGCCGCCAGAGUAGAAGCGAGCCUUGCAGCUAUGAAGAAGCUCGAGGAUCCCGAAGGCUUGAAGCAGCUACAAUCUUUCUGUGACUGCCGAGAUCAAGUAAAAACGGGUCAAGGAGAAGGGCAUCGGAAAAGCAAAACGAGGUAGUAUCUACAAGAAACGUUGGAGAGUGAAUCUUUGCUAGAUAUCCCUCUUAAUCUUCCCCAGUCUUUAAUAAAAAUUGAAAAUUUGGAAUG